CCACAGACUCCCCUCACUCGCACCAAUCCCCAUUCUCUCUCUAUUUCUUCUUAAUUGUCUCACAAUGGCUAUUUCCGAUGAUCUUCCUCCUCAACUUACGAAAGAUGUCAAGAGAAGAAGCAGAAAAAGAAGAAUCGUGAAAAGUAAAGACCUUGAAGUACUGAUCAGCGUCGCUACAAGAGCCGCUCAUAUCGCAAGAGACAAAGGGUUUCACAUCGUCUCUCCUGAAGCCAUACGAUGCGUCGAGGUUCUCAGAAUGAUGCGAAGCUUGCCCUUGACUCCUCGGCUUAUCAUCAAAACAGAUGUCUUGCGCUCUCUUCAAUUCCUCGCCACUAACGGUAACCCUAAAAUCAGAUCAGAGUCGAAAUCCGUUCUUAAUCACUUGAAGGGUGUGCUUGCUGCAACAAGUUGAAGACAAGGGUUUUGCUCGAAAGACCGAGGACCACGAACGAACAUAGAGAGAGAGAGUAUAAAGACUUAGGGUUUUUUUCCCAAUUCUUGUGAUUCGCUAAUGGAAAACGUAAAUUUCUUGUUGUCUAGUUCAAACUUUGUAACAUGUUAGAAUCAAAUUGAUUGUAACUAUAACCAAGUCACAAGACUGAAUAAGACAGAGAAUUGUGUUUAAU